GAAAAAGGUAGAAGAAUGUGGCAGCAUCAUCAUCAACUCAAGAAAGAAAAGCAAAGCAUAUUCACUAUUUCAGUCUUAAACUCUCACGCAUAAGCUAAACUAAGCAAAACUACUCCAGAUUCUUUCAAAAACAACACCACCACACUUUCAAGAAACAAAGAAAAUGCAGCAGAACCAAAAUGUCGAUAUUGACCAUCAGCUCCCCGAAAUCAAAAUCCACCACCCCUCCGCCGCAUCCGCCGCAUCCACCCCGACGCCCACUGCCGGCGCCCGCCGCAAGAUCGGUGUAGCCGUCGACCUCUCCGAUGAGAGCGCCCACGCCGUCCGCUGGGCGGUCCACCACUACAUCCGCCCUGGAGAUGCCGUCGUGCUCCUCCACGUCAGCCCUACCAACGUCCUAUUCGGCGCCGAUUGGGGCUCCAUCGACCUCUCCAUCAACACUGAUCCCGUCUCCGAGGAGGAGGCCGUCGCUGCCGCUAACCAAGGAAGCGGAGACAAUCGCCGGAAGCUGGAGGACGACUUCGACGCGUUCACGGCGUCGAAGGCAGCGGAUCUGGCUCGGCCACUUAGGGAGGCGCAGAUUCCUUACAAGAUCCACAUUGUGAAGGAUCAUGAUAUGAAGGAGAGGCUGUGUCUCGAGGUUGAGCGGUUAGGACUCAGCGCCGUCAUCAUGGGAAGCAGGGGAUUUGGCGCCGUCAGGCGCGGCAGCGACGGCAAGCUUGGCAGCGUCAGUGAUUACUGUGUUCAUCACUGCGUCUGUCCUGUCGUCGUUGUACGGUAUCCUGAUGAUAAAGACGCUGAGGUUGCUGGUAACGCUGCUGCUGGAAGCCGUGCUCCUGCUGCGGUUGUGGCGGUUAAGGAAGGCGAGGAUGGCGAGGCGGUGAUCAAGCCGGUUCCGCAUGAACAUAAAAAAGUUUAUGCUAAUGAUUUGAAGUGCGCGUAUUGAGUUUCAGCAUGAUCUUCAAAGUCAUGGUUUGAUCAUAAACUCAUAACUAUGAAGUUGCUUUCAGCUUAGCAUGUUAUUCAGUUAUUGGUUAUUUGUUUGCAAACUUAAACUAUGAACCAAACUAGCCCUAAGGUGUGGGUGUUUUUGUUCUUAUAUUUGGUUAUGGAAUUUGUUGCAGUUAUAGUAAGGGGCAACUUUUGUUGUUGAUUUUGUGAACUGAAGAAAUAAUUUCCCGUGCUUGAGUAUUUAAAUGUUUCGCUUUUCUGUAUGUAACAUAUUGUUCUUCACUGAUGUUACGGAUUGGGAUUGGGAUAUGGAUACAUAGUUGGCUUGAUAGCUGUGAAUCGUGAGAGUAAUGCUGUGUUAUAUUUAGGUUUUGGUUUUGAUUUUGAUCCUGGUAAUUUAGUAGUGGAAAGCUCUGAAGCAGGGUUGCCAUUAUUGUACGGAUUAGUAUUGUUGAUUAUGUGAUUAGUUAUAAGUUUUCUAAUGAGUCCUCUAAGAAUAGUUUGUUAAGGUUUCAAAAUUUGUAAGUUUUUAUGAAAGCAUUCCAUGCAUUAAGAACCCAAGAAUUUGUCAAAUUGGAAAAGCUUAAUAAGUGUCUCUAGGGGCGGGUUAUAUAAAUUUUGAAAUUUAAUUAUAUUGAUUGGAUUUUAAUAAUUAUAGGGGCGGGUAAAGGCGGGGCGGGUACCCGCAGGGGGGGGUUAGGGUUCAACUUUUUACUACCCGCAGUAGCAGCGGGGCGGGUUCUAUGCGGGUUAUUGUAGGGCGGGACAGGGUCGGGUAGAGCAAAAACCCGCUCCUACCCGCCCUGUUGCCACCCCUAUCUAGGGCCCUUGUUUGCAAAUCCCUAAUCGAUGGAUGUUGGAAUAAUCAGUAUUGCAUUGCUCUCAAUCAUGUUAUUUGUGACUAAUAUAUAUAUAUCAACGGUGUGUCAAAACCAAGGUGUUGAUUGUUAGCUCUCUGAGUUGUUGAUUUUGAAUCUGCCUACUACUACCUGUGCAAUCUUUCUCUAAAGCAUGUGAAGAAAGUAAGAAACUAGUCAUUGUACUUGAUCUCCAAAACAUACCUACUAUGCUUACCCCUGCAAAUUUCCAAUUAUGUGGUGUGGUGCUGCAUUGUGCAUGCUCAAGGACUUUAGCUAAUCCCAAAUUAGAGAAGACAUGGUUUCAUGUAAAUAUUAAUUUAGAUGUUAUGGGAUUUGGGCCUAGGGAAAAGGUACAUUUGCAUUGCAUAUUUGCAUUCCACAUGGUUUGUCAUAAUUGUAAACAUUAGGGCAAGGCAUCAGCUAUUAUUGAUGAGGACGGUUAUGGUGUAUAAGGCUGUGGUCCUUCUUGAACCUCUCUUUAUUAUGCUUUGCAGUUUCUGAUUUCUGAAAACAGAUAUUGAGUUGCAAAUAGUUAUAAAUGCUUUGUUUAGCUGCUCAUUGAUGUUUAUGUAGCUUCAUGGGCCACAUUUACAUAUACAUUCUUGGCUAGCUAAAUUUGUUGCUGCGAUGUUGUACCUGUUGAUUCACACAUUAGGUGCCACGUGGAGAGUAUUUCCAAAGGAUCUUCUUAAUGAAUGUAAAUAGUGAAACCCCCCCCCCCCCCCACCACAAACAAA